AUGGGCGUGGGACGCCGCAUGAAAAAACAGGGUCCUCCCCCAUCCAUAGACGAGUCAAAAAUUUCCUCCCUGAAACGACGCAAAGCAUCGGAUGCCGAUGAUGCGCUUCAUGAAGGGAAGAAGCGUUGCACAGAGAGCAAUACACGUGAAAGGCAUGGCCAACCGGCCGGUAGCCGUCGUGUCAGGCGGAAAAAAUCAAGUGCAAAAGUGAAUGAGGAACAGGCAGUGUCGAAGCUGCCCCCAAAGUCGAAACCCAGCCCGAAAAAGUCUGUCCACUUGCAGGAUACGGGGAACUCUGACAGUGAUGUGGAAGAUAUUCUGCAAGAUGAGUUUGAAAACCUGGAAAGUGUCAGCGACGAUGGCGACGGUUUCGAAUCCGCACCCGAAAAUUCAGAUAGAGAUGGUGUUUUAGAUUCAGCGUUUGACUCAGAAGAGGAUCAUCCCCGCGAGGCUAUGUUUUCAGAAGACGAGGAUAUAUCCGAUGCAGAACAGCGGCUUACUGCUGCCAACAUUGAGGGUCUGUCAAAGAAACUGGAUUUGGAAGCGGAUGCUACUGCGGAGAAGUCACGAUUAGAACUCAAAGAGUCUGCCAUCCAAACCAACAUUGAAGGUGAUCGUUUAGAUAUCUAUGGGGAUAAUGACGAGACCCUUAAACAGGUGGGGCUCGCCCCGGACCUACAACUCCUUCGGAGUCGCAUAAUGGAGUCAAUUCGUAUCCUCAGCGAUUUAUCGACACUUGGACAAACUGGCAAGUCCCGUGCCGACUAUACUAAUCUCCUUCUCGCCGACAUAUGUACCUACUAUGGCUACACUCCAUUCUUGGCCGAAAAGCUAUUCAACCUGUUUCCCCCCCGCGAAGCAUUUGCGUUUUUCGAAGCCAAUGAAUCUCCCCGCCCCGUUGUCAUCAGGACAAACACACUACGAACAAAUCGCCGCUCCCUAGCCCAGGCCCUGAUCAACCGCGGCGUCGUCCUUGAACCCGUGGGGAAAUGGUCCAAAGUAGGUCUACAAGUUUUUGAAUCCUCCGUUCCGUUGGGUGCUACCCCAGAAUACCUUGCUGGUCACUACAUCCUCCAAGCCGCUUCGUCCUUCCUCCCAGUCAUGGCGCUAGCUCCCCAGCCCAAUGAGCGAAUUCUCGACAUGGCCGCUGCUCCUGGUGGUAAAACAACAUACAUAUCUGCAUUAAUGCGCAAUACAGGUUGUGUACUCGCAAAUGAUGCCAGCAAACAUCGUGCGAAAGGGUUGAUCGGUAAUAUCCACCGACUUGGAUGUAAAAACACCAUCGUCUCACAUCUAGAUGCGGGGGAAGCCUUCCCAAAGAUUCUAGGGGGGUUCGACCGUAUCUUGCUUGAUGCACCUUGCUCCGGUACGGGUGUCAUCUCAAAAGAUCCAAGCGUCAAAACCUCUAAGACGGAGCGUGACUUUCUCGCUCUACCCCAUAUGCAAAAGCAACUGCUACUAGCCGCCAUCGAUUCCACAGACCAUGCGUCUAAAACUGGCGGAUAUAUUGUCUACUCCACUUGCAGUGUAACAGUAGAGGAAAACGAAGGCGUGGUGCAGUACGCCCUCCGCAAGCGACCAAACGUGAAAAUCGUGGAUACCGGUUUGGGAAAUUUUGGAACUCCGGGCUUUAAAAGCUAUAUGGGGAAGAAGUUUGAUGAAAAAAUGGCCCUAACCCGACGCUACUACCCGCACCGGGAGAACGUUGACGGCUUCUACGUUUGCAAGUUGAAGAAGACUGGCCUGAGUCCUUACGCAAGUAAAUCCGCAAGCGGUUCAAAUGCAAACGGCGGCUUGAUGGCUGCGGCAGACGACACUGAGGAAACAAUUGACAGAACGCCCAUCGUAGGCGAGGAGAAGGAGAAACAAAUACAAGAACAAGUGUUCGGACCGUUUGAUGAGGACGAGGACGCGACAUAUAUCUCGAGGGCGGAACGAAAUCAGCUACGGAGGAGGGGAUUAAACCCUAGGGCGGUGCUGAAAGGGAAGCCAAAGAGCACCAAGGUAUCAAAGACCACAACUAAGAAAAGUUGA